UGUUUCCAUUUCGCCCACCGUUACCCUUCGCGGAUGUCCGCCAUCCCGCCUGAGCACGACCUUCUGCCGUAGCCAUGUCCGUGCACUCCCCUCGCUGCGGCUUGGUGCGCAUGUCCGGGUGUAGGGGCUAAGCUCGGGCCAGCUAUGGCGACAGUGUAUCGCGGCGGCUCCCACACUCUCAGCAAGGAUGACGUGAACUACAGGAUGCAUUUCCGAAUGAUAAACGAGCAGCAGGUCGAGGACAUCACGAUAGAGUUCUUCUAUCGGCCGCACACCAUCACUCUGCUGACAUGCACCGUGCUCAGUUUGAUGUACUUCGCCUUCGCGAGAGAUGAUGGGAAUCCUGAUAAUAAUCUUUGGGUGGGCCUCAUUUUGGUCAUCUCUUUCUUCCUUGUCAUCAGUGUGCUGGCAUUUCCCAAUGGUCCGUUUACAAGACCACACCCAGCGAUAUGGAGGACAGUCUUUGGCCUGAGCGUCCUCUACUUCCUGUUCCUGGUUUUCAUCAUCUUCCUGAACUGGCGGCAGGUCAAACAGUUAAUGUACUGGCUGGAUCCGAACCUGCGCUACGCCAAAAGAGAGGCAGACAUAAUGGAGUAUGCGGUCAACUGCCAUGUCAUUACCUGGGAGAGGAUCCUCAGCCAUUUGGACAUCUUUGCCUUCAGUCACUUUUGGGGCUGGGGCAUGAAAGCUCUGCUCAUCCGAAGUUACGGCCUCUGCUGGACCAUCAGUAUUACCUGGGAGCUGACCGAGCUCUUCUUCAUGCAUCUCCUGCCUAACUUUGCCGAGUGCUGGUGGGACCAGGUGAUUCUGGACAUUCUGUUGUGUAACGGAGGAGGCAUCUGGCUGGGCAUGACGGUGUGCCGCUUUCUGGAGAUGAGGACCUACCACUGGGCCAGUAUUAAGGACAUCCACACCACCACGGGCAAGAUCAAGCGAGCCGCGCUACAGUUCACGCCAGCUAGCUGGACCUACGUGCGCUGGCUGGAUCCUAAGUCUUCCCUGCAGCGAGUGAUGGGUGUCUAUCUCUUCAUGAUCAUUUGGCAGCUAACGGAGUUGAACACCUUUUUCCUCAAGCACAUAUUCGUCUUUCCGGCAAGCCACGCCCUCAGCUGGUGUAGGAUCCUGUUCGUCGGUAUUAUCACAGCGCCAACAGUCAGGCAGUAUUACGCGUACCUCACAGACACACAGUGUAAGAGAGUUGGGACCCAGUGUUGGGUGUUUGGGGCCAUAGCCUUUCUGGAGGCCUUGGCAUGCAUUAAAUUUGGACAGGACUUGUUCUCCAAAACGCAAGUCCUGUAUGUGAUCCUCUGGCUCCUGUGUUUGGCCUUCAUUACAUUCCUGUGUCUGUAUGGAAUGGUUUGGUGUGCAGAGACCUACGGGCCAAGAGAAAAGAGCUUCUCGGAAUGUGAGGACAGCAAUUACACAGACUUCGUUGACCCUCUGGUAGAAAGAUUUAAAGGAGACAUGGAAGACGGCAGCCCACAAGUAAGGGUGAGAGGAAAGAGCGCGGGAAAGGUCAAGUCCAUUAAUGGCGUGGAGAGCCAGUAGACUCACCUCAAAAGGUUUGGGUGGGCUUUAAGAUGUGCUUGCAAGCCCUCAAUUACACAAGUGACUAACAGUGUUGUUCACGCGCCACACCCAACAACGCUCGUAAAAAGCUCCUUUUCCACAGCUGUGCGCAUGUGCACUAAGCACUGUGUGUGUGUGUGUGUGUGUGUGUGUGUGUGUGUGUGUGUGUGUGUGUGUGUGUGUGUGUGUGUGUGUGUGUGUGUGUGUGUGUGUGUGUGUGUGUGUGUGUGUGUGUGUGUGUGUGUGUGUGUGUGUGUGUGUGUGUGUGUGCGUGAUCGUGUGCGUGUGCGUGUGUGCGUGAUCGUGUGCGUGUGCGUGUGUGAAGGAAAUAACUGCCAAUUGUAGGUUGAAUUGCAUGCUCCAUGUAGCUGAUCAUUUACAGACUGCAGUAUAUAUUAAUCAUUACUAGCGGCUCCAGACAUUUCAAUAUUCCAUUCCAUUCAUGUUUGAUAACAUCAACAAUAAUAAUAAUAUUGUCAUCCUACAGUUUACAAAGCGUGUGUGUAUGUUUGGUGAUAAUAUCUUGAAUGUGGGCGGGGAUUCUUCCACAGCCUUUGUGACGUGGAACAAAGCAAAGCACACACACAGCUGAAGAAAGCACUUAGAAGGAAUGUACAUUUGUAACGCUUGAGUACUUUGUGAAUUCUCGUCCGUGAUUUUAUUAAUGGCUGCUAUUUUUUUUUUUUACCAUGAUGGUAACGAAGGGCAAAUAUUCAAAUUGAUCGCUUGCCCAGUUUUGUUACGUGUGCAUGGUGGUGUCACAUACAAGCAACACAACAUCUUUUUUGUCUUUUCACUCACCUUUUGUGCCUGUCUCCAUAAUCACUUGUCUUGUGGCUUUUUGUGUGUUUUUUUUAUUGAAAUACGUCUUCUCGUUUGGACCGUCAGUAUCAUCUCAUGCAGUACACAACCAUGUGCAAUAUCACCUCAACAACGUUGUGCAGUAAAGGUCCCUUUGGAAGAGGGGAGUGAGAUACUGUACUGAAUCCCCCCACCCCAAACAACUUGUGCUCCCUCCGACAAGGUCAAACGUGACUCACGUGAGUGCAGUCUGCAUGAAAACACUCCCACCUCCAUGUUUGCAUGUCAGCCGUAUUGUUCAAGCUUGCAGUUUUGUAUGUUCCAGGUACACUUUUUUUCAAUACCUGCUGCCUUCUCCUUUGAUGUUUUAAAUAAUAUGACAUUGAAGUGAGGAUGCACCUAUAAUUAUUGACAAAUCACACAUUAGUUGCCCAUAAAAGGUACAGAUGUUUCCUGGCUUCAAGUCAUUUGCCAAAAGCACUCAUGUUUGGAAAUGACUUGUGCUGUCCUAUAUCACUGUGAACUAUCAGAACCACAUUCAAAUGUUUGACAUGUUCUUUAAAACUCAGCGAUGCAUUCUUUGCUUUAUGUAACUUGACCCAAUAAACAAAUGUCAUAUCCUUA